AUGGAGGAUGAUGAGCAUGCAGCCAGAAGCAUGAGUAGGAUCAAGCUGGAAGACGGAAUCGCGAAUGGGCAACCUGAAGCCAUGGACACGGCCGAGUCUACGCCAACGCACGGCAUCAAGGGUGGUGCAUCGCCUGCAUCCAUCAAUGGGAUCAAAUCAGAGAGCGACGGGGUGAAUACGCCCGCCUCGGGAAAGCCACGCCUAUCGCGAAGAUCUUCACAAAAACCCGCCGAGCCCGAACCACGACUAUUCAACCACCUCCCAAACGUUACCGAGGAGUCUUGCAAGUCCUUCCAGGUCAUUCGAGACUGUCUCUACGGAUCAAAACACCUCGGUUCUACCGACAAUGACGCUUUGGACUGUGACUGUGCCGAGGAAUUUCAAGAUGGGGAGAAUUUUGCUUGUGGCGAGGAUUCCGACUGCAUCAACCGCGCUACAAAAAUGGAGUGUGUCGCCAGCGGCAGCAAUUGCGGCGGUGGUUGCCAGAAUCAACGCUUUCAGCGCAAGCUCUGGGCUGAUGUUGCUGUCAUCAAGACUGACAAGAAAGGGUAUGGUCUUCGAACCGAAUCUCCUCUACAACCGAACGACUUUAUUUACGAGUAUAUUGGUGAGGUUAUCAACGAACCUACGUUUCGACGACGUAUGCUGCAGUACGAUGAGGAGGGCAUCAAGCAUUUCUAUUUCAUGUCCCUGAGCAAGAGUGAAUUUGUUGACGCAACCAGAAAAGGUAACCUCGGUCGCUUCUGUAACCACUCAUGCAAUCCCAAUUGCUACGUGGACAAGUGGGUUGUUGGGGACAAGCUGCGCAUGGGCAUCUUUGCAUUGCGCAAGAUCCAAGCCGGUGAGGAACUGGUAUUCAACUACAAUGUUGACCGGUACGGUGCCGAACCCCAGCCAUGCUACUGCGGCGAGUCAAACUGCGUUGGAUUCAUCGGAGGAAAGACUCAGACUGAGCGCGCCACCAAGUUACCGACCACUGUUGUUGAUGCACUUGGCAUUCAUGACGCCGAUGGUUGGGAUACCGCCGUUGCCAAGAAACCACGCCGCAAGCGACCCGAGGAAGAUGAUGAAGAGUAUGUCAACAGCCUGCCAGCCCGGAGCUUGGAUGAAGACGGUUCGAGAAAGGUCAUGGCCGCGCUUGUGCAAUGCAAGGAAAAAUGGAUUGCCGUCAAACUUCUUGAGCGUAUCCAGCGCUCCGAUGAUGACCGAGUCAUCCACUCCGUCAUGCGUAUGCACGCCUACCAAAUUCUCAAAACCACCCUCAACACGUUCAUCGACGACCACAAUGUUGUGUUGCAGGUACUGGAUAUCCUUGACAAAUUCCCACGCAUGACGAGAAACAAGAUUCAAGACUCCAAUAUCGAAGCAACAAUACAACACUUGACAAAUUCGGAACACGAGGAUGUAUCAGCGAAAUCAAAGAAACUGCUGGACGACUGGAGUAAACUGGAAGUGGCAUAUCGCAUUCGAAGGAGGAAGGUUGACCCCAAUGCACCAGUUCAGAAUCUUUUUGACGACCGCAGAGGACAAGCUCGCGAGGAAGAAACGGCUCAGUCAACACCAAAAACAGCAUCGCCGCGGCCCAUUGACGCUCCAAAGGGCCCCAAGAGCAGUAUUCCCCAGCGUAGUGUAUCGUUUCAGCAUAACAACGUCAAUCGACCACCUCGACGCUUCGGACCACUCCCGGAGGGCUGGUUUACAGCCAAGGACGGCAAAGGUCACACCUAUUACUACAACAAACUAGGCAAAACCACUUGGAGCAGACCAACUCAGCCCGCAAACGACGGACCAAAGGCACCGUCCAAGGCCAUACAGGAACAGCUGGCUAUCCAAAGUAUUAUUGAUCGCGUGACCAAGGAAGGGACACCGAAGCAGACUCUGCCCCAGCCAACUCCAUCACAUGUCAGCGACUCAUCAUCCAAGGAAUCCAGGAGGAGCAAGUGGAAGGCACUGCCUAUUGAGAAGCAGAUGAAGAUUUAUGAAAAUACGGUCUUCCCGCCAGUCAAGCACAUGCUAGACAAAUUUCGUCACAGACUUCCGAAAGAAGAACUCAAGCGACUAGGUAAAGAUAUUGCCAAGAAGCUGGUAGCAUCUGAUUACAAGAACAACAGGGUGGAGGAUCCAACAGCAGCCCUCAGCGAGAAACAGACUCUAAAAAUAAAGAAGCAUGUUAAGGACUUUUUAACACGGGCAGUCGAGAAGUACGAGGUGCACCAGCAGAAACAGGCCCCGAAGGAUACCAAGUCAGGGAACGCCGAUGGCAAAACUGCCACUGCCAGCGACGCAUCGCAGAGCGUUGGAGCCGAGAUGGCAGACGACAUGGCGCUCAGUGACAUGGAAGAAAAUGACUCCCCUAGUAGCCAAGAGCGCAAACGCAAAAGAGAGGCAGAUGCGGCAGACUCGGCCGUCGCAACACCCUCCGAGGGACCAGAGACGAAAAGACCACGAGCCGAAGACGGGACCGAGCCAUCUCCUCCGCCUCCUCCGCCUCCUCCACCGGACUCUAGCUCAGACGACACCCUAACGGAAGAGCAAAACGCGGAGCAAAGGGCCUUCAAGGAACAGGAAGAGGCGCUCAUGCGAGAAAAUGAGGAAGCGCAACGGCUAGAAGAUGAGGCCAACAAGACCAAGGACAUGGAAGAAAAGGCUGAAGAGAUACGGAAGGAUAUAGUUCUUGCGGCAUGA